AUGCUCAUUGCUUUCUCUUAUAAGUUUUCUGGGUCGUUCAGGUCCUCAUCUUUUGUCGUUUCGUUUUCCGGCACUUUUUCUCUCCCUUCGAAACGAACUCGUGGAGCACGAAGCUGGUUCUUCAGCGACCACGAAAUCCGUAAGUUCGAUAAGAUGGGCGCGGCUACGUCGAAAGACAUGGCCGCUGCGGUCCUGGUACCGUUACCGUUCGACAUCAUCACCAUGAUCUUGCGGUUUUGGAUUCGGGCGCAGAGGAAAGCCUGGGGACCGGAUGAUUGGGCUAUGGUCGCUACCAUUCCGGUUUGGGCAGUAUCGCAGAUUGGUUUAAUAGGCAUGGCCUGGAGCGGUGUUGGGCAGCUAGAUAGCACUCUGUCCACAGAACAGACUGCAAAUUCGUAUUUUUGGUUUUAUGUCUUCCAGGAGUUCUGGUGUUUUACCUUGGUCACCCUCAAGUGGUCCCUUGGUUUCACCCUACUACGUAUUGCUAAUGGCCAACGUUGGGUCCAAGCCGUCAUUUACACGUGCCUCGCCCUGGUCACAGUCUGCACAGGAGGUACUGGCGUGUAUUUGUUCUUCCAGUGUUCGCCAGUUGAGAAAAAUUGGCAUCAAAGCAUGCCAGGACAAUGCAAACCCCGAGAAAUCCAGACAGCCCUAUCCUUCUUGGUUGCCGCAGUAUCGAUAUCAACUGAUUGGAUCUUUGCUAUCAUGCCAUUUGCUCUUAUCUGGAGGCUACAGAUGGCCAAUAAGGUCAAGGCCUCUGUAAUCGGCCUACUAGGCUUGGGUUUCUUUGCAUCGGUGGCUCCGAUUGUUCGACUCAACUACCUCCUCCUACUGAACGACACCGCAAAGUUUCUGCAAGGCCUCAGCAUAAUCCUUGCUUGGGCUCAGGCAGAAGUUGGCAUCGGAAUGCUGGUCGCUAACCUCCCCGCAUGUCGACCCCUCCUCGAACGCGCACUCGCACGCCUCACGUCUUUCACUGGCUCAAAAAAUAAAUCGUCAAAAGACCCAGCUGCCUCAGCCGCGGUAAAGAAUAGCUACCUCGAGCUCGGAGAGAGGGAUCCCACGAGGAAGAACAUCAGUCAAGCUAGUCGAUCAGGGGUUGAGACAAGAGUAUACGGUAGAGAUUUGGGCGAUAUCAGCAGCGAGAGCUUGCCAGAUGAUCAUAGCCAGAAAAGGAUCAUGACAAAGACUGGUUUCGGUGCAAUCAGAGUGCAGAAAGAGUUUGAAAUGGAGGUCGAGACGAAGCGCGGGGAUAACGAGGUCUAG